AUGAAUCGCCACCACGAUCCCAAUCCCUUCGACGAAGAAGAUGAAGAAAUCGUCAAUCCGUUCUCGAAAGGUGCUGGUGGCGCUGGAAGGGUUCCUGUGUCAUCUAGGCCAGCUGGUUUUGGCAAUAACCUUGACGCCACCGUUGAUAUUCCAUUGGAUACGGUGAAUGACUCUUCAAAGAAACAGAGAGAGCUUGCUGAUAAGGAAGCGGAACUUAGGAGGAGAGAAAUGGAUAUUAAACGAAGAGAAGAUGCUAUUGCUAAAUCUGGCGUAAAGAUAAACGAUAAAAACUGGCCACCCUUUUUCCCAAUUAUACACCACGACAUUGCUAACGAGAUACCAAUUCAUGCGCAAAAACUGCAGUAUCUGGCUUUUGCUAGUUGGUUGGGUAUAGUUUUGUGUCUCGUAUUCAACAUCAUUGCGGUGACAGUCUGCUGGAUUAAAGGGGGAGGUGUCGUAAUCUUUUUUCUUGCCGUAAUCUAUGCGUUGCUUGGAUGUCCAAUUUCAUAUGUGUUGUGGUACAGGCCCCUCUACCGAGCAAUGACGACUAAUAGCGCUUUCAGCUUUGGUGGGUUUUUCUUCUUCUACCUGAUUCACAUUGGCUUCUGCAUAUUUGCCGCCAUUGCACCUCCAAUCGUUUUCCGUGGACAAUCAUUAACGGGUGUGCUGGCAGCAAUUGAUGUAAUCUCAGCCAGUUUAUUAGCCGGGAUCUUCUACUUCAUCGGUGUCGGUCUCUUCUGCUUGGAGUCGCUUCUGAGUCUGUGGGUUCUCCAGAAAAUAUAUAUCUACUUCAGGGGAAACAAGUAA